CCCCUACCGACGAGACGACCCCGGCAAUCCGCCUCCCCUACCCGGCCGGAGCAGCUUCUCCCCCUACACAUCGGGGCGGUGGUGGCUUCCCCUAUCGGCCGGCCCAACCAACCGCUGCCUCCCGGAAGCCUCCUCCCGCCACCCCACCACUCUUCUGAGCAGCUCAUGAACUGCGAGAUAUAGCCCUAGAUGCUCAUCUUGGAAAGAGGCUCAAGCAUGAGAGUGUACAUCUUGAAUAAUGGCAGUGCUUACAUGUGUGCUUGAAAGCAUGGGUUCAUCCUGUAGCAGAUCUCAUUCUCUAAAUGAGGCGGAAGCAGCUGAAAAUGGAAAAUCUGCAGACAUCGACCGGCGAAUUUUGCAAGAGACAAAGGCAGAGCAACACAUCCACAAGCUCCUACUUCUUGGUGCUGGAGAAUCAGGGAAGUCUACAAUAUUUAAACAGAUAAAACUCCUUUUCCAAACUGGCUUUGAUGAUGCAGAACUUAGGAGCUAUACAUCAGUCAUCCAUGCUAAUGUGUAUCAGACAAUUAAAAUACUAUAUGAUGGAGCUAAAGAACUAGCUCAGGUGGAAUUAGAGUCUUCAAAAUAUGUUAUAUCCCCAGAUAAUCAGGAGAUCGGAGAAAAACUAUCAGAAAUCGGUGGCAGGUUGGAUUACCCAUUGCUCAGCAAAGAACUAGUGCAGGAUGUGAAAAAGAUAUGGGAAGAUCCAGCCAUUCAGGAAACUUACUCACGUGGAAGUAUUCUGCAAGUUCCGGACUGUGCACAGUACUUCAUGGAAAAUUUGGACCGAUUAGCUGAAGCAGAUUAUCUACCAACAAAGGAGGAUGUGCUACAUGCUAGAGUACGAACAAAUGGUGUUGUAGAAAUUCAAUUUAGCCCUCUUGGAGAGAGCAAAAGAGGCGGCGAGGUAUACAGGUUGUAUGAUGUAGGAGGUCAAAGAAAUGAGAGGAGGAAGUGGAUUCAUCUUUUUGAAGGUGUUAAUGCUGUAAUCUUUUGUGCUGCCAUUAGCGAAUAUGAUCAGAUGUUGUUUGAGGAUGAGACACAGAACAGAAUGAUGGAGACCAAGGAACUCUUCGACUGGGUAUUGAAGCAAAGAUGUUUUGAGAAAACACCGUUCAUGCUGUUCCUCAACAAAUUCGACAUAUUUGAGGAGAAAAUACAAAAGGUUCCUUUAACUGUAUGUGAGUGGUUUAAAGACUACCAGCCGCUUGCACCUGGCAAACAGGAGGUGGAGCAUGCCUAUGAGUUCGUCAAGAAGAAGUUUGAAGAGCUCUACUUCCAGAGCAGCAAGCCCGAUCGUGUUGACCGAGUGUUCAAGAUCUUCAGAACAACGGCAUUAGACCAGAAACUUGUAAAGAAAACGUUCAAGCUGAUCGACGAGAGCAUGAGACGCUCCAGGGAAGGAGCCUGACGGGUUGGGUUGUUGUAAGCCGUAGAAAAUGGCGAUUGGGAUGUAAGAGAAAGUUUACAGUGUCUUGGGUCUGUGUAUUUUUUGUUUUUUGACAGGAAGAACAUUGAUUAAUCCCUUUGUGCUCCCACAAGUUAAGAAACAAUUCCGAUGAAUACUACGCAAAGGUUAGAUCA